AUGGCCGCCACACUACAGCUCUACGAGCACAACCCCUCCUCUCUCCUCCCCCUCCUCACGAAAUACCUCCCGCACACGCAGGCAGUCCUCGGCGCGAUCGUCUCGUGUCCUCCGCCUGGCCAAAGACCACAAUCCGCCCUCGACGCACCUCCACUGGAAACGAUGUGGGCCUCUUUCCCACCCGGCAGACUUCCCUCCGACUCCGACACGGAUUGGCUCGUAGCAUUAGCCCUCCCGGCGCCAAGCGAGCAGAUCCGCAUCUGGCACCGGGCCGAAGUCGAGCUGAACAACGAAGAAAUCGAGCGAGUCAAGCAGAUUGAGGGCAGCGUGGUCUCUACAGAAGCGCUGAGAGAGGCAGAGUCCAAGGGUGGAAAUGACGACGCGGCGUCGCAAGUGAUUGAGGCGAGGCGAAUCAUGCGCGAAAUGUAUCCCAACCAUUUUGUCAUGGGCCAGCUGAACGCUGCUUGGGAGCCGGCGCUCAGACAUGCCCUCAAGGCUCCGAGCCGAGGAAUUUGCCGCGUCUUCUUGGCGCCCGAGGAACUACCCUCGACUGGCUCGGAUGCGGAGAGGCUGAGGAAGCUGGGGUUGAAGCUCGACACAACGCGGGUCGGAGAUGAGGGCGAGUAUCACCCGCCAAAGUACAUCCUCGCCAGAUCCAAGUAUACCACUCUCGUGCGCCCAAUUGACGGUGGAGCGCCGGUAUGCUGGGUUUUGACUCACGCCGAUGGCUCGCUCGGUGCGCUCUACACAUUACCGGAGUGGAGGAGGAAGGGUCUGGCGAAGAUCGUCGUGGCAGAACGGCUGAAGGCUAUGGCCGAGUCCAACUCGGAGGGAAGUAGAGAGGGAGACAGGGCAAGGGCCGAGGCGAGUCGAAAGCUGAGAGCCAACUUGCAGGUCGAGGAACACAACGAGGCGAGCGAGGCGCUCUGGACUGGACUUGGGUGGGAGGCGGCGUCGUGCGUUGCGUGGGUUUACAGUCAGGAGGAUCAGGAGAAGUACAGAUCCGUGCCGAAGUAG